AUGCAUCUCCUCACCACCCUCUCCACCCUCCGCUCCUACAACGCCGCCUACCUCUCCGCCCUCUCCCUGGUCAUCAUCCAAGUCGGCAUAGGAUGCAUCAUGCGAUCCUCGCAAACGAGCGGGAAAUACACCUUCUCCACAUCCAGCUCGGUGACCAUCUCGGAGUUCUUUAAAUUCCUCAUUUCGUCCGCGUUGAUUGUCAGGUCGGCUGUGAGGGCGAGGAGGGAUUCGCCGGGGAGGCUUGAGUUGGUGGUGGUGAGUGGUGAGGAUGGGGUUGGUGAUGAGGUGGGGGAGAAGGUGAGGGUGGGUGAUGGGGAUGGGGAUGGGGAUGGGGAUGGGGAUGAGGAUGCUGGUGCGGGUGCUGGGGUGGGGUUUGAGGAUGAAAGGUUGAUUCCUGGGGGUGGAGUUGGAGUUGGAGUGGGUAGGAGGAGGGGCAAUUUGGUGGGAGAUUAUGUGAGGAGUUUGGGGAUGGUGAGGGUGGAGAAUAGGUAUGGGUUUGCGAAGUUGGCGUUGUUGUAUGCGCUGAUCAACAAUACGAUCUUCGUGGCAUAUAAACUUGCCGAUCCAGGAACAAUCGCUCUCGUUCGUUCGGGAGUUAUUUUCAUCACGGCACUCAUCAUGGUAUUUGCUCUCGGAGCGGACGUCUCAAAAGUCCAAUGGACAGCCAUCAUAAUCCAACUCUGCGGUCUCGUAACAACACAAUACACCCCAGAAACAGGUACAUCCUACCCACUAUCCACCUACAUGGUUCUCCUCUUCCAAGUAUUCGUCAGCUCGGUAGCAGGCGUGUACAAUCAAUCGCUCCUCAAAAGCGAUCAGGCAUCUCUGCAUGCGCAGAAUGCUGUGCUGUAUGGUUGUGGUGUGGUUAUUAAUGGGUUGGUGCAUGUCACGCUGAGCUAUGUGACGGAGGAUGAGCCGGGUUUCUUUGUGGGGUAUAAUAACUCGGCGGCGUAUUUGGUGAUUGUGAGUAAUGUGUUUAUUGGGCUGGCGAUCACGGCGGUGUAUAAAUAUGCCAAUGCUGUCAUCAAAUGUCUCGCUACUGCAGUUGCGACAGGCAUUCUGUUGUAUAUCUCGCCAAUUUUGUUCGGAACCACGAUGGCACCGCUCAUUAUUCCCGGCGGCUUGAUCGUCUUCAUUACUUCGUGGCUGUACAUGGAAUCACCUGCUCCAAAACGACCAGCUUCAUUCGCGGAUGAGCACGAUGCUCCACGCAAUCGGCUAUUCAGUUUCAUCCCCUCAGGACCCAAAUACAACAACCCCAUACUCCUCAUCUCCACCCUCCUCUCAAUAACCAUAAUCACCUUCUGCGAAACCAUGUCCCUCCCGGACCUCACCUCCCCCUCGGACCUCACCCCCGACCUCCCAAUCCUCACCUCCCCCUUCAACAACACGCUCGCCUUCGUGCGCUGGAACGGACACCGCCCCGAACGCGUGCCUCUUAUAGAAAAAUACGCGCCGUUCUUCCAUACCCUGCAUUUCAGUAUGCCGGCUAUGGUGGAUGCCCCGUUGAAGACGGAGUAUCAGAAUCUGACGCAUGAUAAUUGGGGGGAUGGGUUGGUGACGUAUGUCCAGAUUGCGAGGACGAUGGAGUGGAUUUUGAAGAUGCAGAGGAAUGAGAGUGAGAGGGAGAUUGAGGGGUUGUUGCAGUUUCAUUUCGACGCUUGGGUCGACCCCAUGGACUUCGCCGAAGAAGACUUCAACAAGAUGUGGAUAGCCGUCAGCCGACACAACGAUGGCGCCGGCGGAGGCCCAACCUUCCUUUGCAUGACCAAACGCGAGCGCUUCUCCAGCUGGGUCGGCAUGUCCCCCAACCACAACUGGCAAUACCCACUCCUCGAAGCGCUCGCCUCCCUCACCGCCGCAAACACCGACUACGUCUUCGACCCGGACGAGUGGUGCACCGGCUGGUCAGACAUCUACUACGUGCCGCGCCACCUCUGGGUCGACUACAUCUACCUCGCCUACACCUUCGCCGCGCACUCCGUCUUCCACGAGAUGGCCGUGCCCACCAUCCUCCACAUCAUAGACCAGACUCGACGCCAGAGAGAGCUCUCCAGUAUCAUCAGUUUCAUCGGGGAUUGCUACGGUGGAUGUUGUGCCCCUGGGGCUGGAAUGGAAGAUCUCCUCUCCCACCGCUGCGGCCACAAACUCGACUACCAAGGCCGCGUCCAAGAAGCACACUACGAACGACUCGACUACGCCGCCAGCGUCCUGGGCACACCCAUCGAGCGCCCCUCCUGGCUCAGCCCCGAAGCCCAAGCCAACAGAGUCAACUGGACCGCCUUUGAAAGCAGUCUCAGCCCCGAAGCGCGCAAGAAGCUCGACGAGGCAAGGUUCAAUACCCGCCUGGGCAAGACGAUGGGGCAUAAUAUGCCGGAGAACUUCGUCUUUAACGCGACGGGGGUGGAGCCGCCGCCGAGUCCGGCGGAGUUGAGGAAGGUGGAGCAAGAGAGGAAGAAGAAGGUGGAGGAGGAGAGGAAGAAGGUUGAGGAGGAGAGGAAGAGGGUUGAGGCGGAGAGGGAGAGGGAGAGGAAGAAGGAGGCGGAGAGGAAGGCGGAGGUGCAGAGGUUGAAGGAUUUGGAGGGGCAGAGGGUGAAGGCGAAGGUGGAGGAGGAGCAGGCGAAGAAAGGGAGUGGAAAUGGGAAUGCGAAUGCGAAUGCGAAUGCGAAUGGGAAUGGGAAUGGUGGUGCGGCUCCGGCGGUGGCGAAUGAGACGUGAUGGACUGGAGAAGAGGUAUGCAGGCUGAUGAAUACACAAGGGUUGACGAAUAAAGAAAAGAAGAAAUUGAUAGACCUGGCGUUCGUGGAUAUAAAUAGACAGCGAUUUUGCCUUGCGGGACUGUAUAAUAGUCAAAUGGAAUUUGUCCUUUGUUGAAUCGGUGCCGAUUUGGUUGUGAUUUCGGGACUGCCUCGCGAAUUCUUCAG